UCAGUCUAUCAGUUCGCGGCAACGAGGUAGGCCGCCGCGCCGCUCACUUCGCAUCUACAUAAGUUGCGACAAAAAACAAUCUUGCUACAAGGAAAAAUACCCGCAUAACGCGAGUGGUCAUUAGUGCUAUGUGCUAAACAAGUUUGUGGUUAGAGGAUCGCUUAUCAAAACAAGUAUGACUGGAUCUUAAGUCGUAUUGAUUAAAAACUUGGCUUUACGUAUGAUUGUUGACUGUGUGCACCGUGAUGCUUUGGGUGCUUGGGUUUGUGGGGUUCGUUGCUAAUGUUGGAGCCGCGAGCAUCCGUGGCUCCAUCGAAGGUGCUGUAUGCCGUCCCUUCACUAAGUGUAAUAAGACUGGCCACGGACGUGAGGAUAUCACAUAUACUGUUAAUGGCCAUGCAAUAAUCUUGGAUUUCCUAGAUGGACAUCAUUUUAGACUGAGAUGUGACAGUAACCGCAGUGGCGCCUUGUUGCUAUCGGAUGACUCUGAAAUGCCGGCUAUGACACGGCAUGUGACCGUGGCGGAAGCAGUAUUCAACCAGUGUGUGAUUCCUUAUAGCACGUAUUACGAUGCAUUGAAGGCGUUUAAUGUCACCGUGACUAAAACGCUUUAUCUAAAACUGCCCGCAGAACCUAGAUUGGAAAUCCGUCACUUACAGGGCUUGCAAAUAACAAACCUUGAGAUUACUGCAGUCGAUCCAACGAAACCGCCGCGCCCUUCGUUUGACUUCCUAGAUGAGGUGCCUGGAUUGCGGACGCUGAAGCUUACCGAUGUGGUUCUGGAACCAAAAACACUUAGCCGGUUACCAACCUCACUUCAGAUCCUAAAUAUUGUAAAUGCGAGGCUUCCCGCCGCAGAGAGCGCCCUACGCAACGACAGCAGCAGUGCGCCGCGUUGGAUUGAACGACUGCUUUCGCUACGUGCUUUGUACCUAGCGGAAUCCUCGGCGAGUUUAGCCGAGUCUCAAGGGGAAACACUCACACCACCACAACUGACCUCACUGACUAAUCUGACAAACAUAGCUCUAAGCAACGUGCCACUGGAUACACGGCUUGAUAGUGGGCUGACUAGUUGGCUUAACGGUUCUACUCUGAAGGAACUGCGACUGCAAUCAUGUGGGUUAACAGAACUGCCAAGCUCAAUGUUUGAGGGCGCGAAUAUAACAAAAGUUAUCCUCACCUACAACAACCUCACAUCUUUAUCAAAUGGCGUGUUCUUUCCGCUGCAGUGGCUACGUGAGCUGGACUUGUCAAACAAUAAGCUGAAUGGAGCGACUCUUGUACAAUCUGUGGCGCCCCUGACGCGGCUACAGACUCUGAAGGCAAACAACAACCCCCUGGGCUCGCUGUGUGGUGGGGCCCGUAAUACGUUUGUACGAUUAUACGCAAACUUGCCUCAGUCCUUGCGUCGGCUGGAAUUACGAAGUACGCGCGCGACUCGCGUCUGCUAUGAUUGGACCUUCAACAACGAACUCAUGUAUAUAGAUCUUAGUUAUAACCAAAUAGGUGAUCUAACGUACGACGAACUGGAAAUGAAGAGAAACUUGCACAAGACGGCAGGAGAGCCGGUCUGGCUCAACCUGAGCAACAACUCGUUGCGCGUUAUCGAAGUGUUACCCAGUGACGUCAAGCAAUGCAUUGAAGACGCAUCUUCAACACCCACCGAUACCGAUGUUCUUGCGCGAGCACCAGUGCAGUUAAAGCUGAACGCGCUUACGUGCGAUUGUGGCGCGUACUGGCUGCGUGAGGCUCUGCGUGUGUGCUCAAUGUUGGAGCUGGAUGACGACGUCCCAUGCGACUCGGUACCAGUACCCAAACGCGCCACGCUACUCGCUCACGGAACUGAUGAAAUUCUCUGCCCGUAUGACGGCUUCUGUUUGCCAGAGUGUUCGUGCGAAAAACGUCCACGCGACAACGCGACGGUAGUUUGGUGCGCGAACGCGUUGCCGCAGGCGCCUCGUUGGCCGCCAGCAGCACCAGACUUCCCGCUGGCGCUGCACGUGGCACCGGGUAUACUAGACGCCAUGCCACGCCUCGCACUCGUCGAGCUCCAUGCACCCAACAACAACAUCACCAACAUUGACGGAGCGGACAUACCUGACACCCUGCGCGUAUUAGACGUGCGUAAUAAUAGUAUCGCACACGUCACACUAGCCGCGGCUCAAUUGCUUGGUGGUGAACAUGCUUCAGGGAAGAACCGAUCUGUGUUCCUCGCCGGCAAUCAGUUAGCCUGCAGUUGUGCUGAUGCACCUGCGUUUAACCUCCUGAAACGAGUGGUACUUGAUUGGGAUACAACACAGUGCGUGGAUAAGAGUUAUGUUUCCUUGAAAACGAAAAACGAGCUGUGUGCCAGUCUUCUGCUGCCGAUACUGUUUGGUGUAGCAGUCCCGUUAUUGACGUUGGUAGUGGCAGGUUUAAUACUGCAACGUCUGUUGCCACGAGUCAAGCAACUAUUGUUUAAACGUAAUCUAUGCCUUCGCUGGAUUCUCAGUGCUAAUGACAAAGUUAACGACCCGGACAAGACUCAUGAUGUAUUCCUGUCAUAUGCCUAUGAUGACCUUGAAAGGCUUAAUGAAUUAAAGAGUGGAUUGGAGAAACUUGGGUACUCUACAAUAGAACACUGUCGUGAUUGGCAACCUGGGGACGCUGUGAUGGAACAGAUUGCUCGCUCGGUGCUGUGUGCUCGUCGCACACUUUUGCUAGUUUCGGAUAACUAUGCCAAGUCUAAGUGGGCGCUGGAAGAGUUCCACGCUGCCCACGCGCAUGCGAUGGAGCGUCGAACAGCUCGGGUGCUGAUAGUCCGUUGCGGUUUGAAUAAACCUGAAGUACUGCCUUCGGAUCUGCAGCUUUACCUCUAUAAUAAUACAUACCUCGCUUGGGAAGACCCUAAAUUUUGGUAUAAGCUGUACCGCGUCAUGCCGCCUCUGCGUGAAGACUCCAAAUCUAUGCAAUUAAUGCUUAACAAUAUAAAUCCUCCAUCUACAUUUUUGAAAGAAGACAUAAAAACAAAUGCUUCAUUUCCACAGAAGAAACCGUUUGAACAUCAGUUAGCAAUCAUUCGACAGCCUGAUACUGACCCCUGCGCUUGUUGAGGAUAAAAGUUAUUUCGUAACUCGAAAAGCGACGAAUAAUAAGAGUAAGUGUAGUAGUAGUGUUUCAGCGCCAACCGUGAAAUCAAUAUUUUUAAUUUUUUAAUGUCUUAAUUUUAAAUUAAAGAGAUUGCAGGUGUUAAAAUAGAUUGGCGCAUGUUACUGUAUCGAUAAGACUACAUCCCAGAUAUCAACAUGAAUUUGCAGUAUAAUAAACAACAAUUACCUACCGGGUAAUUAUAAUGAUUUGUGAGAAUUCUUAGUCAACAAGUAAUCGGCGACGCUACAUAUCGGCAAUGAACUUGUUUUGUUUUUUAUUAAUGGUUACUUACUAUUUUUUAUUAAUUUUCUGUUCAUUUUUUAUCUAAACUUAUUUCCAACGUGUAAAUAUUUUCUGGACACUUGUCCUCAUGUAUGUAUUACGUAGUAAAACUGUAAUAACAUGACAACUUUACCGUAUUUAUUUCUAAAGUCGGAUAAAUUCAGUGGACACCGACAUCUUCUAAAACUAUUUAGCUUGGUGAUGUUUUGAUUGUCUCGUUAGUCAAGUUCAAGUGCACCGAUGCAAUUAAGGCCGGUGGAUGUUUGUCGAGUGAUUGUGAUUGUUUUUUUUUCAAGGUAAGUUAAAAUACAUAAUAUUGUUUCUGUGGGUUUGAGGCCUUUAGGUACCUUGAUGUGUAUCGAAGAUAAGUUGAAUCGAUGUUAUUAUGAUUAAAAUGUACAAAAUAUUUGAUUGUAAAAUAAUAAGUGGAUUGGAUAAUUCGUGUAACAUGAAGGAACUUCGAUAUAAACUAGUAGGUAUUUUUUGAAAUAUUUA